CUCGUACAGGAGGAACAGUCCUAUGAACGCAUCCGCGGGCACCACGAAAAGUCCAAAUCCAUCCGCCCCAGCACCGGAACGCAGCUAGUCAAUCAAAAGCACAAAAAGCCCACCACCACUCCGCAAGUCCGCAAAGAUCAAACCCAAGAAAUCUGAGCACCAGCUACGCUGCUAAUUAUUCCAUCCCAUCCAUCUCUCUCCAUCUAUCCAAAUAUUCCAUUUAAUUUCUUUUCCUCGCUGCUCAGCAGCAGCUGCCGCCGCACAAACACAAAACACACUCCACUCUGCCACGGAAGAAAACAAAAGAAAUACAAAGCCUGAGCGAAAAGGGAAGGCGGGGUUUGGUUUUUAUUAGCUGCACACAAUGGCAGCAGCGAUCCAAACCCAAUCCCCAGCGCCGCAGCGCGUGGGUAAUAAUCGUCCCAGUUCGAGCAGUUGCCCUUCCCGUUGCUGUUCCUGGCUUGCGGCUUCCCCAAUCUCUCCUCCACAUCCCUAUCCUUGCCCUCUUCUUCUUCGUCGCCUUUUACCCACCCAUCCGUCGCGGCGGUGUUCGUGGUGUUCAAGUUAUUGUUUGUGUCAGUGUUCCUUUCCUCCUCCCGGUUCGGUCAUCGGUGCUGGUAUUCUUCGCCACGGAGAUCCGGCCACACAUCGAUUCGCCUUCUUUUUCCUCGCUCCGCGACGCGGGGUACAAUAUCGACUGGACUGCGAGGCAUUUGGUGCGGGCAGGCGCUACGAGGUGGGGCGACAAAAGUUGUGAAGUUUAUGCGCCUUGCUUUGCAGAAGGUGCUCGGAUCUAGGUUUCCAGGCCGUCGAUCGCCGCCAUGGACGCCGGCAGGGACGGGGACGGUGCCGGGAAGGCGCCGCCGAAGGGCCCCGCCGAUGCCACGACCGUGCCUCCGGCGCCAGUGGCGGCUUCUGCGCCUGGGUCGAGCGCGGGGACCUCAGGGUCGGGGGAGAAGCCGGUGAAGCGGGUGAUGAAAACCCCCUACCAGCUCGAGGUUCUGGAGUACACCUAUGCGGUGGAGCAUUAUCCGUCCGAAGCUAAGCGGCUGGAGCUGUCAGCGAAGAUAGGGCUUUCGGACAGGCAGCUGCAAAUGUGGUUCUGCCACCGCCGCCUCAAGGACCGCAAGCCACCAUCGAAGCGGCAACGGCGGGAUGAAGAGUCCGCACUAGCACCAGUGAUGCCUCCACCGCCGGUGUUACCAGCACCUGUGAUGCCAGUGGCAAGCAGUGACCUUAUGGUGGGCGCUCCUGGGCCGUAUGAUAAGCUGCUGCAGCCGGUUCACUUGCGAAGGGGUGCUGGGCGGUCCUCAGCAGUCCCUAGGAUUUCCAUGCCGGAUCUCGGGAGGAGGUAUUAUGAGCCACCACCAGUUAUGAUAACGCCGUUGAUGCAGCUCACACAAUAUGAGCUCCGUGUGAUUAAUUCUGUGGAGUCACAGCUCGGGGAACCGUUGAGGGAGGAUGGUCCAGCACUUGGCAUUAAUUUUGAUCCCCUUCCUCCUGGCGCCUUUGGUGCACCGAUUGUUCCAGAGCAACAAAAGCAGCCUGUGCAAUCUUAUGAUACAGAUAUAUUUUCUAGGCAUGAUCAAAAGCUCUUAAAGGCUUCAGCAUUUUUACCUACUAUAGAAUCCCCAUUUGUUCCAAAUUCGUUUACCGGGAAGAGAAAAUCAACUGUUGGUAAUUCUCCCGUAGUCCAACCUCAUGUUGGAUCACGGGCUGUCCAUGAGUACCAGUUCCUUCCUGAGCAACCAAGUGAUACAUAUGAGAGGGCAAGUCCUCACUACUAUGACACUCCAGUGGAAGCUUCAAAUUCCAGGAUACCUUCUCUCACAUCAGGAUCACAACUUCUCCAUGGAUCUGAGGAGGCUGCGCCUAGUUAUGCUUUUCAAGGUCACACAUCUGGUUCUAGCCUGUUGCCUCCUUCCAGCAGGCCCCAGGUGUUUCCAGUAGCACCAACAGAUUAUGAGAUGACCCAGUUUAAUAGCAACCUUAGUUCUGUUCCUGUUGAAGGCCAGUUUGAUACGUCUCAGGUUGCUGCAUUUGAAGACCCACCUGUAUCGUCUGAAAGAAGAGCUUAUCAUGAUGAAGAUACUUCUCGAGUGGAAAGAAAACGAAAACAUAAUGAAGAAGCAAAGAUUGCAAAAGAAGUUGAAGCUCACGAAAGACGAAUUAGGAAGGAGCUUGAGAAACAAGAUUUUUUGAAUAGAAAGAGAGAGGAGCAAAGGCACAAGGAAAUGGAGAGACUUGAGCGUGAGAGAAGAAAAGAAGAGGAGAGAUUACUGCGUGAGAGGCAGAGAGAAGAAGAGAGGUUCCAAAGAGAGCAAAGACGUGAAAAUGAGCGCAUGGAGAAGUUUUUGCAGAAGCAAUCUAGACGAGAAGAGAAACAAAGACAAAAGGAGCAACUCCGAAAAGAGAAAGAGGCAGCAAGGCAAAAGGCUGCCAAUGAAAGGGCUGCUGCACGUAGAAUUGCACGGGACUAUAUGGAACUGGUGGAAGAUGAGCGUUUGGAAUUAAUGGAAUUAGCUGCACAAAACAAAGGGUUGCCCUCAAUGCUGUAUCUUGACAGCGACACAUUACAGCAGCUUGAUUCUUUUCGAGGCAUGGUAAGUCAAUUUCCUCCUGCAACAGUGAAAAUGAAGUUGCCAUUUUCUAUAAAGCCUUGGACUGGAUCUGAGGAUAACAUUGGAAAGCUUUUGAUGGUGUGGAAAUUCUUAAUUACUUUCACUGAUGUUCUGGGUCUUUGUCCAGUUACACUUGAUGAGUUUGUUCAGUCUCUUCAUGAUUAUGAUUCAAGGCUUUUGGGAGAACUGCAUGUUGCUCUGUUGAAAUCCAUUAUCAAGGAUAUUGAGGAUGUUGCUAGAACUCCAUCAAUUGCACUAGGGGUGAAUCCAGGAGGUGGUCAUCCACAAAUUGUUGAAGGGGCAUAUUCCUGGGGAUUCGAUAUACGUAGCUGGCAACGUCAUCUUAAUCUUCUUACAUGGCCUGAGAUAUUAAGACAGUUUGCUUUAUCUGCUGGUUCUGGACCCCAAUUAAAGAAAAGGACUGUGGAAGAUUCUCACUAUCAUUAUGAUAAUGAGGGUCAUGAUGGUGAGAAUGUUAUAUUGGCACUUCGAAAUGGUACAGCAGCAGUGAAUGCUGUUGCUAAGAUGAAGGAAAGAGGUUACACCAAUCGCCGUAGAUCCCGCCACCGUCUGACUCCUGGAACUGUGAAAUUUGCCGCUUUCCAUGUGCUCUCGCUUGAAGGAAGUAAUGGUCUCACAAUAUUGGAUGUAGCAGAAAAAAUUCAGAAAUCUGGAUUGAGAGACCUCACAACAAGCAAGACACCUGAGGCAUCCAUAGCUGCUGCUUUGUCUAGGGAUGCAAAACUUUUUGAGAGAACUGCUCCUUCAACAUAUUGUUUGAAGUCGCCUUAUAGAAAAGAUCCAGCUGAUUCUGAGGCCGUGUUGUCAGCAGCGCGUGAAAAAAUUAGGGCCUUUCAGAAUGUGCUUUCUGACUCUGAAGCUGAAAAGGAGGCAGAUGAAGCUGAGAGGGAUGAUGAUUCUGACUGUGAUGAUGCUGAUGAUGACCCUGAUGGUGAUGAUGUGAAUAUUGAGGUGGAAGAAGACAAGGAUCCUCUUCUUGCCGUCAAGGCACAAGACGAAGUACCGAGUACAACUACAGUUAUUGGCAUAAAGACCAAGUUAGAUAGUGUAGGUAAUGCAUUGAACUCAUCAAGUAGUUUUACUAAAUCAGCAAAAGGUGCUCCUCUCCCUUAUUUAGGCAGGUCCAGUGCAGCAGAUACUUCUAAUGAUUCACCUCUUGGAGGCCCAUCAGCUAAUCAUGAAGUAACCCCUGGCGAUUCUGAAAAUACUCAAAUUGAUGAAAGCAAUCAAAUUGAGCCUUGGGUAUGUGCACUAGCAGAAGGAGACUACUGCGAUCUUAGUGUUGAAGAACGCCUUAACGCACUGGUUGCUCUUGUUGGUGUUGCCACUGAAGGGAACUCUAUUCGUGGUGUACUUGAGGAACGUUUGGAAUUAGCAAAUGCCUUAAAGAAGCAAAUGUGGGCAGAAGUGCAACUUGACAAGAGGCGUUUCAAGGAAGAAUUUGCUAGCAGAGUACAAUAUAACUCUGGCAUGAGUUUUAAGCCUGAUAUAUAUCAAGAAAACAACAUGACAGAGAUUACUUCAACUCGAGCCUGUGAUGCUUACAAAGAAAACGAUGGACAUGUUGGGACAAUCAACAAUUGUGAGAUGCUUGAUCAGCAUAGUCAGGGUAAUGCUGGUGGUAUAACUUAUGAUAGAAAUGUCGUAGGCCAGGAAAUCCAUGCAACCCCAGAUACUUCGUAUGUUCAGCAGUAUGCUUAUGCUGAUAAAACACGAUCUCAGUUGAAAUCGUACAUUGGUCACCGGGCAGAGCAGCUCUAUGUUUACAGAUCCCUGCCCCUAGGUCAGGAUCGGAGGCGAAACAGGUAUUGGCAGUUUACAACUUCAGCAUCACCAAAUGACCCUGGCUCAGGAAGAAUCUUUUUUGAAUCGGAAGAUGGAUGUUGGAGAGUUAUCGACUCAGAGGAUUCCUUUGAUUCUUUAGUGGCUGCCCUUGAUACACGUGGCACCCGGGAAGCACAGCUGCGUUCAAUGUUGCAAAUGAUCGAGACAACCUUUAAGGAAGCUAUUAAAAGGAGAAGUGCAAGUAUAGAAUUAUCUGCUACAGUGUAUCCAAAGAAUGGAGCUACUGACAUGAUAAGGGCAAAUUAUCAUAGAGAGGUUGGAAGCUCAAGCAGUACUCCUUUUAAUGAUACAUCUGAUAGUGUAACAGCAUAUUCUGAUUCUUUUAAAGUAGAGCUUGGGCGUAAUGAUUUUGAGAAGGCAGCUAUAUCAAAAAGGGCAGAUAUAUUUUUAAAAUGGAUGUGGAGGGAAUGCUACAAUCAGGAAGAGACAUGUGCCAUGAGAUACGGCAAGAAAAGAUGCUCUGAAUUGUUGCAUUCUUGUAAUUGCUGCUAUCAGAUUUACCUAGCCGAAGAAAGACACUGUUCUUCUUGCCAUAAGACUUUCAAAUCCAUUUACAAUUUUUCUGAUCAUACAACACAAUGCGAAGAGAAAUGGAGAACUGACCCUUACUGGAAGAUGCAAAUCGCUGAUUAUUCUGUUCCAAUAGGAAUGGUAUUACUCAAGCUUCAGUUAGUUUUGAUUGAGGCAUAUAUACCAUCAGAAGCACUUCAACCAUUUUGGACUGAUGUGUAUCGGAAAUCUUGGAGUGUGAAGCUUUAUGCUACCAAAUCUAUUGCUGAGACAUUCCAGCUUUUGACUGUUCUGGAAGGUGCAAUAAUACCAGAUCGCCUCUCUUCUGAUUUUGAAACAACAAGCGAAUGUCUAAACUCACAGGUUAUCGCACCCCAAAAUCCUGUGUUACCAGCUGGAUUUGCUUCUGUCCUUCCAUGGGUUCCUGACACUACUUCUGCUGUUAUGCUCCGAGUGUUAGACCUUGACUCAGCUAUUUUGUAUGUGCAAAAUCAAAAGAUGGAGAGGGAUGAUGGAGGUUUUAUGAAAUUUCCAUCAAGGUAUACAGUUGUUAAGAGCAAACAAGAAACAAUUCCACUCGAACCAACUGGUAUGGAUUUGUAUGAUGGAAGGUGGCUUCCUGGUAGUGGCCGUAGGGGACGUGGCCGUGGAAGUAGAGGAGGUAGCAGGGGAGGCAGGGGCCGAAGUCGAGGUGGAAGGAUCCCAAGAGGUGUUAGCAGCUCAUCAAGGAUCGAGUUCAAGGAUGGCAUUGCUGCUUCUGGUAGAGCGCCAAGGAAGAAUGCACGUCGAGGUCGAGGUCGAGGUCGAGGUCGUGGGCGUCGAACUGUCAGACCUCGGCAGCCAUCUGUGGGCAGAGGCAGAUCAAUUCCAAAGGAAAAUUUGAUGGGAAGCUUUAGCAUGCUUACCAGCUCAAAGGCUGCCGACAUUGAGGAGUCUCCACGAAGCUCUGGCGCAGAUGAGUGGGGCUUGGAGACCAGAAUGACAUACACUGAGCGUGACGAGAACAGUUCUGGAUCACGCUAUGAAGAUAACGAGGAAAACGGCCAGCCCAUGGACGAGGAUUAUGAAGAGCAGGUUCCAGAUUACUCAAUAGACUAUUCUAGUGGGUCGAGGCACCAUGAAAUGAUGUCCAUGAUGGAUCACGAGACUGACGAGGAAGAUGAAGAUGCUGAAGGUGAUGAGAAUGUGGAAGAAGAUGAUGCAGACCACGCAGUUGACGAUGCCGAUGUUGAGAUGGACGAAGGUGAUGAUGAAAUUGGUGAUGACGGAGAGGAUGGCGGCGUUGGCGGGGAGAUGACUCCGGAUGAGGAUCCAGAUGCUACUUCAUAUUCAUCUGACUACAGCGAAUAAGAAAGCAGAAAUAAGUGACCUUAUCCUAGAGAUCCUCCCUCAGCGUCCCUUUGUGAACCAAAAGGAAAAGCUAAGGAGCGAUAGAUGUGCAUACUGUUUUUUUAGGCACCGCAGGUUCUAAUAGAUUUCCUGACGUAUGCCUACUCAUUCGAUGAGUGGUUGUAUCUUGCUAGGUAUGUGCAUGUCACUGUAGAAUUCCCCGAGCUAUACAGUGUCUAAGGAGAGAUGAUAUCAUAUCGCAAUUUGCUAAUUUGGUUCCCAUGCGUCA